UCGAACGGAGUUCAAUUGGACUUUUUUCGUCCCCCUUUUAACGAGUGUCGUCGAAUUUUUGGAAUUUAAUGAAUGUUGUCGUGAUGUGGUUAAGGAAAUUUUCGAAUUCGAUGUAUCUGGACUCUGUGUCUUUCAUCUCGAAAGACCUUUAAGCAGAUACGUCCCUUCGUUGUCGAGGCAACUUUCAAGUAUAUAUUUCGUUACGACAAGCACCGCGCUAUAACACGGUGAAACGUUCAAUUGGAAAUACAUUUUGAGAGUAGAUCGACGAUACGUUCAUUUAAGAUGUACAGUAUGAACUACAUUGGGAAGUUCAUAAGUAACUUUCGCGUUUUCUACAAUGAGAUCAACGCGGCGACGCUCACCGGUGCUAUCGACGUCAUCGUCGUCGAACAACCGGAUGGAUCGUUCACUUGCUCACCCUUUCAUGUCCGUUUUGGAAAACUCGGCGUACUUCGUUCUAGAGAAAAAGUAGUGGACAUUGAAAUAAACGGAGAACCUAGGCAAAUCCAUAUGAAGUUAGGAGAUUCUGGAGAAGCCUUUUUCGUUGAAGAAGUUAGCUCUGAUGGAUCUCCAGCAGACACAGAAAUUCCACCCCAUUUGGCUUGUUCCCCUAUUCCGGAGGACAACUGUUUCCCAUCCUCUAGAUUCGAUAUUCUUGCUGACCUUCCUCCAGACCAAAGGGACAAGAUUCUUAUAGCGUCUAUUUUAUCCAUUGAAAGAGAGAAAUUGGAGCAAAUGUUUGCAUUGCCACCGGAUCAAAGGGAAAAAUUUUUAAUUGAACAAUUCUCUGACCUUCCAAUAGAGCACCGUGAGAAAUGGCUUCAAAUUGCUUCCUUAACCCCUGAGGAGAGAGAAGAAAUGUUCAAGGAGAAUUUUAGUAAUAGCAGGGAACAUUUGUUUAAAGAAAAUUUCCCUAAAACCUUGCUAAGUGAUUGGAAGGAGGAAAUCUUCGAUAUGGAUAUUAACGAAGAUGAAACAUGUCUAGCUGCACCAACUGUCAAAUCUUUCGUAGCCGUAACUUCGACUGACAGAAUUCGCAAAAUUAGCGUAGUGAAAAAUGACUUUAGACCGAUUACGGAAGAUGUCCAGAGUAGUGGCAAGGAAAAGUCAAGCGACGAAUCACUCGUGUCGUUAAGCAAAAAGAAUUCAAAAGACGAAACCGUCGAAGAGAGUAAAACUAAUAAUAAUUCAACGAAAAGGAAACGAAAGAGGAAAAGUAUUAUGAAGAAGAAGGGAUCUCAAAGGAAGACCAGCAACGGCAGUAGUAGCCAAACAGAAGUGAGCGAAAAUGAUGUACCUAUUCCAGACGAAUCCCUCAGCGAGUCUGUGUUAAAAGAAUCAAGCCCGGUUGCAGAGCUAGAGAAAAAAAAUGCUUCUGUCGAACCUGUAAUCUCAAUGCAGGAGACAACCGAGAAACGUCCUGAAACGGAUUUCCAUUUCUUCAGCGAUACGGAAGUUACAAAGAAUCAGGAUUCUAGGCCAUGUUCACCUGUUCAGUCUGACACAGAAUUUGAAAUGCGUAAAAUAACGCAAGAAGGUGCAGAACGAGAGGAAGAUAAAAAUCAUCAGCAAAGUUGGAGAUGGGGUGAAUUGCCAAGUUUACCUCCGGAAUCAACGCAUGCUCCUCACAGAAAUUCAUUGAAUUCGCCAGGCGCCGUUAAUCAACCGAACAACACCGAAGCACACAGAUCUAUGCUCAGUGGUAUGUUCUCGUUUAUGAAGAAAACUUCUCGUGUCAGACAUAAUCCAGAAUCCGAAGGAAUUUAUCUUAGUGAUAUUAACGCAGACGAACUGGCUCCGGAAGUCGCGGCUCUCUAUUUUCCUUCUUCUCACAGAGGUCCAACAUCGGGUAAAGAUGAGAAAGGAGUAGAUGAAGAAGAUAGUGAAUCAGGUAAUGGACCAAGUUUACCGCAAAGUCCAAAUAGCAUCGAAGGAGCUAUUGACGAUCCAAAGUCACUGGAUAGCUAUUUUGAAGAUCCGAAACAUUCUAUAUUUGACCACACCAUGAGCAUUAGCUUAUCCUUAUGCGGUGGUUUAGAUUCCGAAGCAGGCCCAGCCAAAGAAGCUUUCCAUCAAAACUUGCUUCAUUUCGAAGAUAUUUGUUCAGAUCCGAAAUUAUAUGAAAAUCCGAAUUUAGUUGUAAAAAUUAAUGGGAAAUUCUAUAAUUGGGCUACCGCUUGCCCUAUUGUAAUGACAUACGCUGUAUUCCAAAGACAUUUACCGGAAAAUACGAUCGAAAAUUUGUACGCGCAAUGUAUGCCGUUACCAAUGCACGAAGAAAAAAAGCAGGAUAGUAGCGACAAGCCUGGCAACCGUGGUGGAUACAGUUCAUGGUUCUCAUGGCGACGUUCUACACAACCACCUAAAAAGUCUCAAGAACUUAGUCAAACCGAUGGACCUGCUGUACAAUCUUCGGAACAGUUGAUGGAGACGAAAGAAGGUACUCCGAUUGACUUAAUGUCACACAGGGAGGAAUCAAAGACUGACCAGAACGUAGAGUCUACAGAUGUGUCGGAAACAGUAGAACAAUGUACAAAAUUAACAAAAGACAUCAAGAUUGAGAAAAAUCGCGAAAGAGAGGGUGAAGGUUACAGUGGUAGCGAAGAUUCCGAUAGUAAUCAAAAUGAAUCGCAAGGAGUUAAAAUACCGAAAGAAAGAAGGUCGUAUUACGAAUCUACUGAGAAAUACCGUAAAACUUUGAGAUUAUCAUCUGCACAAAUAGCAAGUCUUGACCUAAAAGACGGAGCUAAUGAAGUUGUUUUCAGUGUAACUACCGCUUAUCAAGGCACGACUCGUUGUAAAUGCCAUAUUUACAAAUGGAGAUGGGAUGACAAAAUUGUUAUCUCCGAUAUAGACGGAACCAUUACGAAAUCUGACGUAUUGGGCCACAUUUUACCGAUCGUUGGCAAAGAUUGGGCUCAAUCCGGUGUUGCUCAAUUAUUUACAAAGAUUAAAAAUAAUGGCUAUAAAUUGCUCUAUCUUUCUGCAAGAGCGAUCGGACAAGCUAAAGUUACGAGAGAGUACCUGAAGAGUAUCAGGCAAGGAGAUUUGUCGCUUCCCGAUGGACCGUUGCUUCUAAAUCCAACCAGCUUAAUUUCAGCAUUCCACCGCGAAGUCAUAGAGAAGAAACCUGAAGAAUUUAAAAUAUCCUGUCUUAGUGACAUUCAAGCCUUAUUCCCGGAAGGUUCUAAACCAUUUUACGCUGGAUACGGGAACCGAAUUAACGAUGUUUGGGCGUACCGAGCUGUAGGAAUUCCUACUAUGCGUAUAUUUACUAUAAAUCACAGAGGUGAACUAAAACAUGAAUUGACGCAGACAUUCCAAUCCUCGUUAAAUAGAAGUUCAAUUAAUUUCCCUAGUUUGACAUCAUUAGUAUGCUUUGAGGUAUUUGGUUGUGCAACAACUUCUACCUAUCUUCUUAUGAUUCUUAUAGGAUACUCAAACAUGAGCUUUAUAGUCGAUCAUCUUUUCCCAGCCUGGCGAGAGGAUGCUGCGGACGAAUUUAGUAAUUUCGCGUAUUGGCGGGAUCCAAUACCGGAAGUACCAUCUCUCGAAGAACUUUACGCCCAAAGGCAAAUCACCUAAGCGAGAUGUUUUAAUAUUUUUACCCUGAAGAGAAAAUGGAUAUACUUUGUUCGUAUUUCAAUAACCAUCGAUUUUAUUAGUCACCUUUUAUACUCCACGUGUUAUGAGACAUAGUCAGACGUAGGUGUUCUCGACUGGUGCGACUUUUAAGUAUAUACAUACGUACGUUUGCGUCUCGUGGCCAUAGGCUUAAAAAUCGUGUUUUCGUUGUCAAUCAGAAAACGACUCCAAACGAUUCAUGUAAGAAUAAUAAUUGGUUUUUUACAAUUGAAUUGAAACACAUUCCACUUCCGUUAGAAUAGUAGGGCAAUGUUAUUAGUUAUCGUUGACGAUUAAAUUGGCUUGAAACAUGAAAUUCUGUACGAAAUUCUCACAUCAG